ACGGAGCUGUGAAAAGCCCCUCACUCACUUAGAUCUCGCGAGACUCCCCACCAACCAUUUCCUCCCCGAUGGCGGCUUUUUCGUUUUUGCCCUCCGCCCAUAUUGCGCCUAAACCCACGCUUCAUUUCGUCAAAGCCUCCACUUCCGAUCUCCCCAAAACCUCUCCAUCACCACCGUCGACGAAGCCUCAACUCCCAUCCCACAGGCCCCAUCACAACAUCCGCGAAGAAGCUCGUCUCCACAACGCCGCCACCGUCACCACCAACCACCCUCGCUUCUCCGCUAAAUACGUCCCGUUCACGUCCAUCACCGAUCCUUCCUCCUCCGAUGAAUCCUACUCUCUCGACGAGAUCGUUUACCGAUCUCAAUCUGGCUCCCUCCUUGACGUCCAGCACGACAUGUCCGCCCUCAAACACUUCGACGGCGCUUACUGGCGAAACCUCUUCGACUCACGUGUCGGAAAGACUACUUGGCCGUUCGGUUCCGGUGUCUGGUCGAAAAAAGAAUGGGUAUUACCUGAAAUCGACGAUGAUGAUAUCAUCUCUGCUUUUGAAGGUAACUCUAACCUCUUCUGGGCUGAAAGGUAUGGCAAAGACUUCUUAGGAAUGAAUGAUUUAUGGGUGAAACAUUGUGGGAUUAGCCAUACGGGUAGCUUUAAAGAUUUGGGCAUGACUGUUUUAGUUAGUCAAGUUAAUAGGUUGAGGAAAAUGAAUAAACCAGUAGUUGGAGUUGGCUGUGCUUCUACAGGGGAUACAUCAGCAGCAUUAUCUGCUUAUUGUGCUGCUGCUGGGAUUCCUUCUCUUGUAUUUUUACCUGCUAAUAGGAUUUCCAUGGCUCAGCUUGUUCAACCCAUUGCAAAUGGUGCAUUUGUUUUGAGUAUCGAUACUGAUUUCGAUGGAUGUAUGCAGUUGAUUAGGGAAGUAACGGCUGAAUUGCCGAUUUAUUUGGCGAACUCCCUGAAUAGUUUGCGGCUUGAAGGACAAAAAACGGCUGCUAUUGAGAUUUUACAGCAAUUUGAUUGGGAAGUUCCAGAUUGGGUCAUUGUUCCCGGUGGAAAUCUUGGGAAUAUUUAUGCUUUUUACAAAGGAUUUUCAAUGUGCAAAGAGUUGGGACUUGUUGAUAAGAUUCCAAGGUUGGUCUGCGCCCAAGCUGCGAAUGCGAAUCCGUUGUAUUUGUAUUUCAAGUCUGGUUGGAAAGACUUUCAGCCUGUGAAAGCGAAAACAACAUUUGCCUCUGCCAUCCAGAUUGGUGAUCCAGUUUCCAUUGAUAGAGCAGUAUAUGCCUUGAAGAAUUCAAAUGGGAUUGUUGAGGAAGCGAAAGAGGAAGAGUUAAUGGAUGCCAUGGCACAAGCUGAUUCCACUGGGAUGUUUACUUGCCCACAUACAGGGGUGGCAUUGACUGCACUGAAUAAGCUUAGGAGAAGUGGGGUUAUUGGUCCUACUGAUAGGACAGUGGUGGUGAGUACAGCCCAUGGGUUGAAAUUUACACACAGUAAGAUUGAUUAUCACUCUAAGAAAAUCAAGGACAUGGCUUGCAGAUUGGCAAACCCUCCUGUGCAAGUCACUGCAGAUUUCGGGUCGGUAAUGGAUGUUUUGAAGAAGUAUUUAUUAAGUAAAUCUCAUUAACUUGAUUGGCAAACCCGAAUUUCGGGUCGGUAAUGGAUGUUUUGAACAAGUAUUUAUCAAGUAAAGCUCAUUAAGCCGAUUAAUAUGAGCAUGAUUAGACUUGCUCAUGUUGUGCCUUUAUAUUGCUGUGUUUAGGCUUUAUUGUUGUUGUUAUUUCAAUGUAUUUUUGUUUUCAUUAGGAUUGUAGCUUUGAGGAGAGAAAACAAUAACAUCUUAGCAAAGCUUACCAAUUUUGAAGGGAUCUCUACCAUUUGAAUUUAAUGGCAUUUUAAAUCUUUA